UUCACAGCUAGAAGAGUUUGGAAGAACUACCUGCCGGCUAUCAAUGGAGUUGUCUUUCUGGUUGACUGUGCCGACCACGACCGCCUUACAGAAUCCAAGAUCGAACUUGAUGCCCUGUUAGCAGAUGAGACCAUCCUCUCUGUGCCUGUGCUGGUCCUGGGUAACAAGAUAGACCGUCCUGAAGCCAUCAGUGAAGGGGGACUGAGGCAGGCCUUAGUUCUCGAUGGACAAUGCACUGGAAAGGGUAACGUGUCGGUGAAGGAGCUGCAGGCACGACCUCUGGAGAUUUUCAUGUGCAGUGUCCUGAAGAAGCAGGGCUAUGGAGAUGGCUUCAGGUGGCUGGCACAAUACAUCGACUGACAUCUAGGCAGCACU